AUGUUCCAGCCCCUGCAUCCUACUGCGUCUCUGCAUCGCGACUGCAUCUCCUUAUUAUGGCUUAUGCUGCCCGAUACUGACCAGCCUGCACGAGCCAGGACCUUGGCCUCCCACGUCUCUCAGGGGAACGAUCUGGAAACAAUAACACUCCUAAAUCAUCCUUACAGUUGGAGUUGGACAUUGGACACUGGACACUGGAUGCUGGAUACUCCCAUUAUCAUUUGUGGCUCGCUCAGGUGCACAGACGAAUCCUGA